AUGGCGCUGUCGUUCUUCCGAGGGUUCUUCAAGGGAGGGCUGGUGGAGGAGGACUUAGAUGCGUUCUAUCCCGUGCGCCAGGACGUGCAGGUCGGCACCAUCAGCAAGUUCCGACCGCGGGCGAGCAAGCGGCUGUCGGAGGAGAAGUGGAACGACAUGUUUGAUGCGGAGGGGCGCAUGGUCAAUCUUGAGGCUGCUCUCCGCCUCAUACAGCGCGGGGGCUGUGAGCCGGGCAUUCGGCCGGAGGUAUGGGAGUACCUCUUGGGGCUGGUCAGCCCGGCAGCCACGAGUGGCGAGUGUGGCGAGCUGAGGAGCAUGCGCAGGGAGGCAUAUGCUGCAAUGCUCAAGGAGUGCCAGCUCGUGGACCCGGUCAUUGGCAGUGGCUUCGUGGUUGACUUUCCCAGAGUGCAGGACGAUGGCACAGAGGACGAUGGCACAGAGGUCGAUCUCCCGGACUCCUACGUCGGCCCGCUGCGCCUCGUGCCGCCCAUCCCGCCCCUCUCCCCUCACGCCCCCUGUUUUCCUCUCCAAUCUCCCACCUCCCCCUCCCUUCCCCAGGAUGAUGGCUCAGAGGUCGAUCUCCCAGACUCCUAUACCGGCCCGCUGCGCCUCGUGCCGCCCAUCCCGCCCCUCGACGCCGCGUGGGAGGAGACCGGGGCGCAGCUGGGGGUGCUGGAGGAGGGCGAGGAGGAGGAGGAGGAGGAGGAAGGGAAGGGGGAGGGGGGCGAAGUGGAGGGAGGUACAAGUGACAGUGGUGGUGGUGGUCGUGGUGGUGGCAGUGGCACUGGCGGUGGUGGCAGCAAGGGGAGGGGGCGGAGGGCGAGUGAGACGGCAGUGGACGAGGCGAUGAGGACGUGGGCGGCAGAGAGGGCAGAGGUGGUGGCACGCGUGGGGCUGGACCGAAUCCACAAGUGGCGCCAGGGGCUCUAUCAAAUAGGAGUAGACGUGACAAGAGCCGAUCGAUCGCUGCUCUUCUUUGAGAUCAGCCGCAGCCGAGCGCGCCUGAUGAACGUGUUGGCGGUGUACGCGUGGUUUGACCCCGAGGUGGGGUACUGCCAGGGCAUGAGCGACCUCAUGUCCCCCAUGGUCGUGCUCUACCCCGACGACGCCGACGCGUUCUGGGCGUUCAAAAGGCUCAUGAGGAGAGUGAGGGAGGACUUUAUGAACACGGACACGGGGCUGGGCAUUCAGAGGGAGAUCAGCCGCCUCUCCCACAUGGUCUACACUCUCGACCCUGAGCUGCAUGCUCACUUAGGUAAGUGUGAGUGUUCUCGUGCGCUUGUGCGAGCUGCAUGCGCACCCCCCACCUUCCGCCUCUCCCACAUGGUCUACACUCUUGACCCUGAGCUGCAUGCUCACUUAGACGAGAUAGGAGCGGGCACCAUGUUCUUCACGGUGCGCACAGUCAUGGCCAUGUUCCGCCGCGAGCUCUCCUUCGCUGAUGCGCUCUACGUCUGGGAGAUGAUGUGGGCGUGGGACUAUGACGCGUGUAGUGCAGCGCUGCUCCCUCUAGCAGACCAGGCCAUCUUCCACACGGCCCGCCACCUGCCGCACCUCACCAUGGACCGCCAAGCCUACAUCGCCGCCACCGCCGCUGCCGUCUGGGCGGCGGCUUCCGUCCUACUUGACGCAGAUCUCUUCACGGCUAUAGCUGUUGAUAUCGCCAACGCCACCCGCGUGCCCCUCUCUGCUGUUCCCAGUGGUACUGGUGCUUCCAGUGCUGGCGGCGCUGGGAGCAUUAGCAACAGCAGCAGCAGCGGCAGUGGUGGUGUUGUUGGUGGUGGUGGGUCGCUUUCGACGUAUGCGUCUGGCUCGGUGGGUACUGCGAGCAGCAUUGCCGGCAGCGGCGGCACGUCGGCGUUCGCAGCGCCACAUGAGGAUGCGGAUCGAGGCUCAGUGGACCUGUUUUCCUCCCCUCAGAGGCUGGAGAUCGCCCUUAUGGCUGCCGAGCUGGCUGUGACUCAGGCUGCUGUGCACGCUGUGCCUGAUACCCCUGCUUCUGGGGCUCUUAUGGGGAGGAAAGGGGGUGAGGGAGUGGGUGGGAGGGAGUUUGUUGUGCCAGAGGAGUGGGAGGACGGUGGAGGGGUGGAGGAGGGAGAGGAGGGGUGGGAAGGGGAGGAGGAGGAUGGGGAGGCAUAUGGAGAGAGUGAGAGUGAAGAGGAGGAUGAGGAGGACGAGGAGGGGGAGGGAAGUAGGAGUGAGAGUCAGGGCAGUGACUUAGAAGGUGAGAGCGGGGAGGAGGAUCAGGAGAGCACGGGGUAUAGUUCAGAGGAGGACAGGGAGGGAGAGGAGGGCGCAAAAGGGGGAGAGAGUGAGGGGGAGGAGGACGAGGAGGAGGAGGAGGAGGAGGGGGAGUGGGGGAGGGAGAGGCGCCUGUCUGAGGCAGCGGCUAGAAUAGCGGGAGUGUGGGAGGAAGAAGAGGAGGAAGAGGAGGAAGCUGAAGAGGUGGGGGUUGCAGGGGUAGAAGUGGGAGGGGAAGGAGGGGCAGCAGUUGGAGGGGCAGAUAGAGGGGUGGGCAUGGUAGCAGCGGAAGGGGCAGGCACAGACACAGCAGGGGGAUCGAUUGGAGUCAGUCGGAGUGCAACUGGUAGUGAGCCGUCCUUCUUUGGCCGCAUGCGGUCCCUGUGGGGCAAGAAGGACGAUGCUGCUGCUCCUGCUGCUCCUGCUGCUCCUGCUGCUCCUGCUGCUCCUGCUGUUCCUGCUCCUGCUACUGCUCUCUUCUUCAGCAUCGGAGCUUCUUCAGGCUCUAGCCGCUCCCUGCAGCGCCCCAUGGGAGGCUCGCUCAAAUUCGACGUUCCCCGCAUUGACGUCAACGCACUCCCCACCAUCCUCGCCCCGCCCUCGCACCCCUCCCACCCGUCCCAGCGGGCCCGUACCCACCUCCCCUUCCCGCUCUCCUCCCACCACCAGCCGUCCUCGUCCUCCUUCCACUCGCGCCUGCUCCGCCGGCAAAACAGCUCUCAGAAACAGAAGGCUGCAGCGGUGGCCGUGCAGCGGCAGCAGCAGCGGCAGAAGCAGCAGCAGCUGGAGCAGCAGCUGCAGCAGGUGAAGCAGAAGCACGGGUUUCUGAGGAGGUAUCAGAGCAUGCAUCCGGGGCUGAUGCUGUUGCGCCCGCUGCACCUACCACUCGUGUGGAAGCAGGAACAGCAGUUGGCAGAGCUGAAAAGCCACAGAAGCAUGAAGGAGCAUCGGAGCAUGGGAGAGGCAGCAGCAGCUGCUGCUCACGACUUCUCUGCUGUGCUUUCUUCUGUUGCUGCUUCUGCUGCAGCGGUCAAGGGCAGCAAUGAAAGUUUUUGGGGUUUCAGUCGAGAUUUGGAGCAGAAUGAGAAGCCCACUGCUGCUACAGUUACAAGCAAUUGGAGCCCAGCCGUGGUUUUUUCUGCCGGACCUUCUUACACUGCUGCUGCUUCCGCCGCUGCCGCUACAGCUGCUACAACUACGUCUCUCAGCAGAACAGGAGGCACCAACCACAAUGCCUCCCGCAGCUUCACAGCAGAUUCCUCUUUCAACCCUUCCAUCACCCCCCCUUCCUCUCGCACCCUCUCCCGCUCCUUCACCUGGGCUGAUUCCGGGCCUUACAGGCGGGAUAAUCUUAGGUUUGCGGCCACCAUUGCUCUGCGCGAACCUUCCUCCCGAACCAGCUUCCGCAGGCACGGGAGCCCGGCGCUAGGCUCGGCACGGAGCGCUGGUGGUCGCUCGGCGAGGUCCCGCAGGGAGAAGCUGCGGAGGGGGGUGAGUUUCGGUUCGGAGCCAGACCUAGGUUCGGGAAGAGGCUCGGGUGGAGGGUUUGGAUCACCAUCGGAGCAGCAACGGAGGAGAAGCUCUGAGGUUCGGAGGGAGGGAAGGCAUGAAGGAGCAGAUGGGGAAGAAGAAGGAGGAGCGCCAAUAGCAGCAGCAGCAGUUGCAGCAACGGCGCCUUCAGGAGUUGGGAAUAUGAAUGUGAGGCGGGUAAGAAGCGAUGAAGAGCACUUGUCUUCCGUUAGCAGCAGCAGCAGUUGCAGCGUUAACCUGGUUCCUCGGGCCAUGCCGCCUCUCCCCUUGAGAGACAGUCCGAAAGCACCCAUAGGCGCCGUGAAGGGCGGCCCUAAAGAUAGUCCAAAAACACCCAUAGGCGUCGCAAAGGACAGUCCGAAGCCGCCCAUAGGGGCCCUGAAGGGCCAGCAGGACAGUCUGGGGUCGCCCAUGGGGGGUAUGCUCAGAGACAGCCCGAAAACGCCCCUGAGCGUGACGCAGAGGGAGCUGGGGAGGGCAGGUAGCCCCAAGAUCCCUGCGCUGGAAGGGGCGUUGCGCAGGGAGAAGGAUGGCACCUCGCCGUUGUCGGGCCCUACGCCUGCAGUGCCGUUGCUAGCAGUGCCUGCACCCACGCGUGCGACGUUUGAGUGGAGCCAGAGGCAUAUGAGAGGGCAUUCUCCCAAGGAGGGCUCCUCGCCCUCGUUUCUCCGCUCCCCUGCUGCUGAUGCAGUGGGAAAGCGGAGGCAGGCCGGCAGCAGCAUGGGUGGCGCUGCUGGUGCUGGUGCUGGUGGUGGUGCUGGUGGUGGUGCUGGUGGUGGUGCUGGUGGUGGUGCUGGUGGUGGUGGUGCUGCUCGCACUAGCCAUUUUCCCCUAGGCCUGCCUCCCAUAUCUCCUAGGGUCGGCUCAGCAGGCUCGGGCACCGAGGCUGCAGGUUCGGCAUCCGGCAGCAUGUUCGGGCACGGCUGGGGAGGCUCCUCUAAGUCCCCUCGCUUCCUACCGGCUGCUCCCACCAUGGCUGGUAUCACAGGAGGAGGCAUAGACGCAGGCAGCACAGCAGGCAGCACAAGCAGCAAGGCCGGCAAACCGAAACACGAGGCUAAACCAAACCACGAAGCAGAACCGAAGCGCCAAUCGGCACCCGAACUGGGCAUUGGUAUUAUCCAUACGGGGCCCCGUGUACAAGAAGAUCGGGAGGUCGAUCUGAUGCCAGAGGGAGCACUGGAGGAGCCAGACGCGCUACAAGACGCCUUACCAGACGACUCACCGGGCGACCCACCACCAGACGCCCUACCAGACGUGCCAUUCCUCUUCCCACCCUCCAAGUCCCUCGCUAGAGCGUCCUAUGAAGGCAGAGGGGGGUCGAUGCAUGAGAGUGGAACCCAAAUGAGCAAAGACCAUCCUCAUCAUCAACCCUCUCACUUGUUCCCCCACUCGAGGUCUCUGUCUGGCGCCUCUCCCCCCUCUCCUGCUAGCAUCUUCAAGGCUCCCCUCCGCCGAUUGAACCUCAGGGUUCCCCCUGAAUUACACCUGAAUCUCAAGUCACCCCGGGCGGAACACCCUCCAAAAUCCCCGGGUUCCGUGCCCUUUGCCCUCCCUUUUGAGGUGACUCUUGGGCUGAAAUCUCCUGGUCCGUUCAGAAUCCCCCCUGAGCUAAGCGCUGGAAUGAAGUCCCCUCGGCCGUUUGUUCCUCCUGACCUGCUUAAAUCCCCGCUGGCGCUUAAAUCCCCGUCUUCUAGAGAUUUCCUGGCUAAGAUUUUCGACGAUACGAACCGAGCGACGAUGGGGUCGAGUGCGGUGAAAGGGGGUGCCAAAGGGUGGCACAGCCUUCCGCGGGAGGCAAGAGGGGUGAUGGGAGGGCGUGAGGGGGAGGAGGGGAGGGAGCAGGGGAGGCGACACAUAGACAAGGAGAGUGGGCAGGGUGGGGAGUGGUUGGGAACGCCUCAGAGGAGUUUAAGUGGGGAACGGAAUCAAAGGGAUAAAGUAAAACCCACUCAUCACAGAAGCGCCAGUGGCGAGGGAGGAAUGAAGGGGUUUUGGGGGUUGCAGAAGGCAGGGGAAGCAACGGGUGAGAGCGAUAAGGAGAAAGAGGCAGGCGGGGGAGCAGAGGAAGGCACGAGUGGCCCGCGGGAAGCAGCGGUAUCGAGUGUAAGGGUGACUGAGAGAGGGGGGGAGGAGACAGCAGAUGUGAUAGCUAUGGGUGGGGCAUUGAGUGAAGGGGUAGGGGAGGAUGGGGAGCGCAAGGAAGUGUCUGAAAGGGGGAGGAAGGGUGGUGAAGCGGGGCAAGAGGCAGAUGCGGAUGCGGACUGGCAGGGAUUCAGCGUGGUGCACAGCCCUUCGCUGCCCUUGGCUCCUCCUCCUGCCGCUGCUCCUGCUGCUGCUCCUGCUGCUGCUGUGGUUGCUCCUGCUCCUGCUCCUGCUCCUGCUCCUGCUCUUGCUCCUGCUCCUGCUCCUGCUCCUCCUCCUCCUCCUGCUGUUGCUGCACCUGCCGCUCCUGCAGCAGGCACAGAGGAAGCCUUUCACUUCAAGCCUCUCUCGUCUGCCACAGCACCUAAAGUACUGCCACCACCACCCCCAGCCUUCUCCGCACCAGCUGCGACAACCACACUACCAUCGUCAUCGUCACCAUCCUCCUCUUCCUCCACACUCCAUCACCAAACCUGCCGCCGAGCCUCCGGCCUCCCCUACCGAGUCUAA